CCACCUCAUUUCUCCCACAGCUUCCGUCACCGUGACAACCCCCGGAAUUCUGGAACGUUCUCCUCACCACCCCAUUUCCCCAAUAGUUUCCAGUGGGGACAACCCCCAGAAUUCCAGAACGUUCUCCUCACCACCCCAUUUCCCCAAUGGCUUCCAGCAGCAGGAGAAACCCCCGGAAUUCCGGAACCUUCUCCUCACCACCCCAUUUCUCCCACAUCUUCCAGUGGGGACAACCCCAGAAUUCCGGAACCUUCUCCUCAGCGCCUCAUUUCUCCCACAGCUUCCGCCGUCGGGACAACCCCCCGGACUUCCGGAACCUUCUCCCACCCGGAAGCGCCGCCAUGGCUCCGUCGCGCAGCCGCUCCACGCAGAUCCCGCCGUGCGUCCCCAAGCGCCAGCUCCCGCCGGGCUACUCGGACUCGCUGCUCUUCCUCUGCGCCCGCCGCAUGGUGGCGCAGCACCCGCUGCCCGUGCUGCUGCCCGCCAUGCCCGCCCACCUCUACCCCAUCCUCUUCCAGGCGGCGUUCCUGGACGGGCGGCCCCUGGUGCUGCGGGACCUGGUGGCCGCGUGGCCGUUCCCGGUGCUCAACUUCCAGCGGCUGGUGGGGCGCCGGGAGCUGCUGCGGGACCAUCCCUGCAAGCUCUGCGUCCAGGCCGUCAUCCUGGCCGUGGUGGCGCAGCUGCGGCGGCAGCUGGAGGAGCCCGGCCACGACGCCAGCGGGUGCCGCCUACGCGUGCUGGACGUGACGGGAGUUCCGGACGACCCGGCCGGCCGCGCUCCGGACGGGAUGAGCGUCUGGUCGGGCACGGUGGCUUUGGCCAAGGCUUGCGUGGAGGUGUCCAAGCACCAGCGGGAAUUCCAGCGGCGCGGAUCCAAGCGGCACAAAGGCCGCUCCGGCGCCGCCACGGCCGCGGCCGCUCCGCAGCCGCCGGGCGUCGACGUCCACGCCGACCUGUUCGUCAACGGGACGUCCUACGGGAUCCUGCGCGACGCGCUCCAGACCGGAUCCGCCGGCCCGCUGCGCCUCAAGUGCCGCGAGUUCCAAGCGGAGAAGCUCUCCCUGGCCGGAAUCGUCAGCCUGCUGGAAACUCUGGACCCCUCCUGCGUGCGGAGGGUGGAUCUGCGCUUCCGGAAUUUGGGAUUGACCGGGCUCUCGGUGAUCCUGCCGCACCUCUCGCGCUUCCCGGAGCUGCGCAGCCUCAAGCUGCAGUACAGCAACGUGGACGUGCGGCGCCCCACGCCCGAGUCGGCCAUCGGCAUCCGGUGCCUGGCCGGGCAGCUGGGAAUGCUGCCCGGCCUGCGCGAGCUCAACCUGGGAUCCUCCCGGCUCUCCGGGAACCUGCGCCAGAUCCUCUGCGACCUCCAGGCCCCGUUGGAGAGCUUGGAAUUGGCCUUCUGCUCCCUCGUCCCCGCCGACCUCGCCUUCCUCUCCCAGAGCUUCCACGCGCCGGCCCUCAAGCGCCUGGACCUGAGCGGCCACGACUUCUCCCAGGGCCUCCUGGAGCCGCUGCGGCUGCUGCUGGAGGAGACCUCGGCCUCGCUGCUGCACCUGGACCUCAUGGAAUGCCGCAUGGCCGACCCCCACCUGGACGCGCUGCUGCCGACGCUGCGCCGCUGCUCCCGCCUGCGCUUCCUGGGACUCUACGGCAACUCCCUGUCCACGGCCGCGCUCAAGGAGCUGCUCCGCAAGACCCUGGAGCUGCCCGACCUCCGCCUGGUGGUCUACCCCUUCCCCGUGGAUUGCUACAAGCCGGAGCCGCCGCGCCGCGUGCCGGGCUCCCGGCGCAUCUACGAGGAGCCCAUGGACGGCGAGCGCUUGGCGGCGGCCACGGCGGAGAUCUCCCAGCUGCUGGCCAAUUCCGGCCGCACCGACCUCGUCUGGACUUACAACCCCUACGGCCACGGCACGCUGGACUACUUCUCUUUGUGAUUCCCAAAAAAAACAAGCUCGGAGCCUCCGCGACGGAAAAGCGGCGCCGGGUCCUUUUCCGAAAUUCCGGGCGUUUUUCCGCCUCGUUCCAGUUUUUUUUUUUUUCCCUUUUUUUCGGUGCUUUUCCACCCGUUCUCAGUAUUUUUCCAGCUCGUCCCGAUGUUUUUCCUCCCUAUCCCAAGUUUUUCCCCGAUUUUGUAGUUUUUCUGCCACGGUUUGAGGUUUUUUUUCACCCCAUCCCGAUAGUUUUCCCCUCAUCCCGAUAGUUUUCCUCUCAUCCCAGUAUUUUCCACCUCAUCCCGUUUUUUUUCCUCUCAUUUCGUUAUUUUUCCGCCCGAUCCCGAUAUUUUUCCUCUCAUUUCGUUGCUUUUCCAGCCCAUCCCGGUGUUUUUCCAUCAGGAAAAUUGGAAUUUCCAAUCAGGAAUUCGGCCAAAAUCCCGGGAAGGCUCCGGGGCUGGAUUGAUUCCGCGGGAAGCUUCCGGAAGCUUCUCCCGAUCCCAUCGGGAACGGCGGCGGCGCUUCUGGAACGAGACUGAAGUUGGAAAAAAAACCAAUCCGGGCGCAGAUGGAAUUCCAGAGCGGGAAUUUUGCAGAGAAACGAGUCUGGAGACGAUUCCGUGGUGCUGGAGUGGAAA